AUGCAAGGACUUACGACACCAAGCCAUUCGAAACGAGACCACUGCAACAAGACAGUGGAUAUAUACGAGGAUGUGUCGUCACCACCCGUGACCGCGGAGAACUUUGGCCAACCACUCACUUGUACAUACAGGUUUAGAGCAUUCAGAGGGUCCCCUAAAGACUGGAUACUCAGAAUCAGAUUUAAAAAGUUUAAAGUUGGGACCUUAAUCAACGGUACAACGUGUCACAAGGGAUAUAUGCAAAUAGUGGAUGGCAACGCGAAGACGGAUGUAUCGAACAGAAAGGAGCCUGGACUCUUCUGCGGCGAAAUAGAACAGCCACAAACGUUCAUAUCGGAGACAAACUUCGUGAAGAUUGUCUUCCACGCCGACAACUUCACUGAUCAAACUUACUUCAGUUUCGAUUCCAGAGCCGAGCAACAGUUUGAAGUGUACUUACGUUACGGCCAGCAUCCAGAAUUAUAUCCAAAUAGAAGAGGGGAAGUUGUAGCCGGGUCAUAUUGCGAGCGGGUGUUCCGAGACUGUCGCCUGCAAACCUGUUAUGUACAAUCGGCUGCCUACCCUGGAGUGUAUCCAAGAAAUCUUCAUUGCAGAUAUCAUUUGAAUACUCGUUUGCCGUAUAUAAAGCUGUACAUAGAAAACGAAGAGUUCAAUAUAGACGGACAGCGCUGUGAGAAUAUCAUGACUUGCCCAAUGAGACCCAUCACAUCUGGAUCCGAAAACUGCCCAUACGACUACAUAAAAAUAUAUGACGGCAAAGAUGAAUCGGCUUCGGUAAUAGGGACAUUUUGUGGUAUGGGCAAAUUCCCAUACUCCAUCAUCGGUACGUCUCAGGAUUUGUUUGUGGAAUUUGUCAGCUCACCAGCAGGGCCUCUUCUAAAUACUGGUUUCCACUUUAACGUUGGGAACUGGCCUGGUCAUGUGGAAGCUCCUGGGUCAAAAGUCGGGACCUGUGACUGGCUGCUCACUGCAGAGACACUCAAGAAAUCUGGAGAUUCUGAGGGCAUCUUCCUGUCAGUAGCCCAUUGGUAUCCUCCACAUACGUCGUGUACUUACCUCAUGCAAGGCUUCCCUGGACAAGUUGUAAGACUUUACUUUCCAAGUUUUCGCAUCAACCGUAUUGAGUCUCCAAUACAACCUUGGACUGGUGACUGCGGUGAAUCUCUCACCUUAUAUGAUGCUCCAAGACCUGACGAUGCUCGCAUCAUAAAGACUUUCUGUGACACAUUCAGCAGGCCAAUGGAAAAACAUGAUUUCGUAUCUACUGGCAAUGCCAUGUUUGUUAGAUUCGAGAGUAAAACAGGGAGCUACAGCGGAUCCUCUCUAUACUAUUGGGCGCAUUACGACUUCUUCAACAACACUCGCUUUGGAGAACCAGUACCUGGAACAGCCUGUGAUGAGAUUAUAGCCUCUUGGAAACAGAGAGCAGGAAGACUUAGAUCUCCUCUAAAUACUUUAGUGUAUAAACAAGCUUCACCAGGAGAAGAUGUUCACUGUUUGUACAGAUUUGUGACUGACAAAAGAAUUUACGCUAGAGUGAUAUUGACUGUUUUGAACGUGAACUUUAAGGAUCAUCCAUACACAACUGUAACCUGUCAAAACUGUUACGAAGAUCGCGCGGAUAAGUUAAUUAUUUGGGAACCUUUCCCGAUAGGAAAAUCACAAAACAUGACUUUACCAGGAGUGAGCACUACACCUCUGCCACUCCAUCUCGCCGUGCAGAGAUCACUCGGUUCAUGUCUUUGUGCCAAACAUGCUAACGCUGUCUCCAGAGCUAGGCCAUAUAGAGUUGUAUCUUCAGGCGAAAGCUUAAAUCUCCAACUUAUAGUCGACAAUGCUCAUGCAGCCGCUUCUUACUUCAAAAAUCCAUUGCCACUGUUUGAAGCUCGUUAUGAAUUUGUCCAUGGGCCACUUUGUGGACCAGCAGUAUUAGCUGCAGCAUCAGACGGGGAAAUAGUUUACCCUCAUCUAGAAGCCUUAGGUUACAUGGAACCGCCAAAGAGGAUACAAUGCAUUUGGGAUUUAGAAAUCGAAGACAAAAGAGAUAUUUGGUUGCACUUUGAGAGCAUCAAAUUUGCAUCACGGCAUUGUGAAGAUGGUAAUAUACAAAUUUAUCUUCCUGGACGAUUAGAUCCCUACCUUUCUGUUUGUGGAGACAAUGUUUCAGAGACUGAAAAAAUGCCAAUAUUAUCAGCCGGUGAACUAGGAUUUGAAUCUUUAGAUGAUCCUUUAGUAAUUGAAAAGGAAAAAACUAGAUCUAUUCGCAUUGUUUUCAUCGGCAGUGCAUCUCCUGCGCGGGCAGCUUUCAAAAUAGCCUGGACUGGUCUUUAUCAUUUACCUAAAAAUUCAGACGGUACUUUAAUGACAUCGAGAUUGACCGAUAGUGAACUGAAACCAUCUGAUUCGGGCCAGGGUUGCGAUUUUAUUUGUCCUGGAGAAGCUCUAUGCAUUCCAGCAAGACUGAUGUGUAAUGGCGUUGUCAACUGUCCUAAUGUGACAUCUGGCGAACGCAAAUUUUGGACAGCUGAUGAGAAAAGGGCUAGAGAAGCAUACUCCGAAGAUAGUCUUCGUCGUUUGGGAUAUUUGGAUUUAUUAGGAGGAUUACCAUUAGGCCAGUUACAUGAUGAAUCACCUGUGCUCUGUGCGAAAGCAAGGAGUGUUGGAGCCGGUGAUUGGACAGCACCAGCUUUAGGUGCAGGGUUAGCGCUUGCUAUUGGUGUUUGUGCUCUUGGCGCUGCCUGGCGCCUGUGCUGCCGCAAGCGCUCUCCUGACGAAGAAUCCCUAGACUACUGA